AUAAAAGUGAAUGGCUGAAAUUGAAACACACCAAUAUCUGGAAUGUGGAUCACCACAUGAUCAUCUUCACUCAAAAAAUCCACUUUUUUAAAAGUUCCCUUAUAACCAAUUCUGGUUUUUUUCUUCUCACCAGCAAGCUCAAUAUCAAACACCAUGGCAACAGCUUUGCAAUCUCUUACUUGUUCUUCCCCAAUUUCCCAUUGUUCUUCACUCAAAUCUUCCUCUCACCCAGGCAUUUGUGUCUUCUCUUCGGCUACGCCCCAGCGUUUACAGUCUUCAUUCAACGGACUUCAGCUCAGGAUGUGCCCGUCAAAAUGGGCUUCGCAGAGGUCAUUUUCUGCAUCGGUUGGUCGAGUAGUGAUGAUGGUUAAACCAAAGAUCCAAUUCAUCCAAGGGGUUGAUGAACUAACAGUACCAGCAGAUGUGAAACUAACCAAAUCAAAGGAUGGGACUAAUGGCACGGCUAUAUUCAUAUUCGAUCAGCCCUCUGUCUUCGACUCAUCAAGCGUGGUCGGUGAUAUAACAGGGUUCUACAUGAUCGAUGAGGAAGGUGUUAUCUCGACAAACAGUGUAAACGCGCGUUUUAUCAAUGGGAAGCCAGCAGGCGUUGAAGCUAAGUACAUUAUGCGCACCCCACGAGAAUGGGACAGGUUUAUGAGAUUCAUGGAACGCUACGCCAAUGCAAACGGUAUGCAAUUCGUUAAAAAAUAAGGCAAUGUAUAUCGUUUCAUUCUUUUGAAUUCGAUGUUAACAUUAGUUAACAAGUUGAGUAUAGCUUAAAUGCUCGAUUGCUCGGUUAAUUUCCCUGUAGAUUGUUUUACUUGCAGUGACGUCGACUCUGACAAGUAACGCUUCUUAUCAAUAAUUCGAUUAAGAUUUUGUUGA